AUCAAAUUUACUCACCAAAAUUAAAUUAUGUGUGUGUGCUAGUUGGCCUAAAAACUUCUCCUUCUUUCCUUCCCCCCUCUUCUCUCUUCUCCCUCCUUCGAAAAACCAGAAACACAAAAAAGCUUCCUCUCACUUCAACAAUGGAAGAUCCCGCCAUACACGGCGGCGCAUCACUCCCAUCACCCGCAUCAACCGACGCACAAAAACGUCGAGUAACCUACUUCUACGAACCCACAAUUGGCGACUACUACUACGGUCAAGGCCACCCCAUGAAACCCCACCGCAUCCGUAUGUCCCACAAUCUCAUCGUCCACUACUCUCUUCACCGUCGCAUGGAAAUCAACCGCCCUUUCCCCGCCGCCGCCACCGAUAUCCGCCGCUUUCAUUCCGACGAUUAUGUCGAGUUUCUCUCCUCCGUUUCCCCUGAACUCUGCGGUUCUCUCUCUUCUUCUUCCUCUGCUUCUUCUACACUUGAUCAUUCUCAUAAUCGGCACUUGAAGAGGUUCAAUGUUGGAGAUGAUUGCCCUGUUUUUCCUGGGCUUUUCUCGUUUUGUCAGGCUUCUGCUGGUGGGUCUAUUGGGGCUGCUGUUAAGUUGAAUCGAAAGGAUGCUGAUAUUGCUAUUAAUUGGGCUGGUGGUUUGCAUCAUGCUAAGAAAUCUGAGGCUUCUGGGUUUUGUUAUGUUAAUGAUAUUGUUCUUGGGAUUCUUGAGCUUCUUAAAUUUCAUAGGCGUGUACUAUACAUUGACAUUGAUGUGCAUCAUGGAGAUGGUGUUGAAGAAGCUUUCUACACCACUGAUAGAGUUAUGACUGUUUCUUUUCACAAGUUUGGUGACUUUUUUCCUGGAACUGGACACAUUAAAGACGUUGGAGCAAAUUCUGGGAAGCAUUACUCUCUUAAUGUCCCAUUAAAUGAUGGAAUAGAUGAUGACAGCUUCCGGGGUCUAUUCAGACCAAUUAUUCAAAAAGUCAUGGAUGUUUACCAGCCCGAUGCAGUUGUCCUGCAAUGCGGAGCGGAUUCACUCUCUGGUGAUAGGCUUGGCUGUUUUAACUUAUCUGUGAAGGGUCAUGCUGAUUGCUUGCGAUUUCUCAGAUCAUUCAAUGUCCCUCUAAUGGUGCUGGGUGGAGGAGGGUACACUAUUCGAAAUGUAGCUCGUUGUUGGUGUUAUGAGACAGCAGUUGCAGUUGGAGUCGAACCUGAUAAUAAGUUACCUUACAAUGAGUAUUAUGAGUAUUUUGGCCCAGAUUACGUCCUUCAUGUUGAGCCUAGUAACAUGGAGAACCAAAACUCGCCUAAAGAUAUGGAGAAAAUUCGAAAUAUUCUUUUAGAGCAAUUAUCUAGAAUACCUCAUGCGCCAAGUGUUCCAUUCCAGACAACUCCUCCUAUCACAAAGGAGCCAGAAGAGGAAGAAGAAGAUAAGGACCAAAGACCAAAACCUCGCAUCUGGAAUGGUGAAGAUUAUGAUUCUGAUCCUGAAGACCAUAUGAUUCCUUGACCCCGGACCCUGAGACCUGAGUACAGUUUGUAGUAAAUGACGACAGGAAAUGAGAUCCCAGACGUGGAGUGUGUGAAAAAAACACUAAGCAGCAUUGGAUUAUUUGAUUGCAUGGCUCACUUGAAACAUGACACUCUUAUUGACAUAUGCUGGACAGUCCCUCAAGAUCGGAGCUUUUUUGACGAAAGGGAGACAUUGUUUUUAUUAACUAAUCAGGUGUCAUUACUCUAUGUUCAUCUUGUUAUGGGAUUGUAAAGGAAAGAAGUCAGCACAACUCUAUUAUUGGCAGAACUGCCUCCAUUUUGGACAAAAAAAAUUUGCCAAUUGUAUCUCUCUCAAUGGAAGAUUGUUGUGCUAUAUGUUAACAUUAGCUAGAACUUCAGUUCAAAGUUGUCAUGUUGGUUU